AUGGAUGAAGCUGAAUUAAAUGCUAUCAGAGCUGCUCGUUUACAAGAGCUACAAAGAAAUGCCGGUCAAGGUAGUAGCCAGGGGCAAUCGUCUGGUCAAUCACAAGAAGCGCAAGGCCUUUCAGCUGCCCUAGAUCAAGUAUUAGAACCAGAAGCUAGAGCUAGAUUAUCCAGAGUGAAUCUAGUAAGACCUGAUAGAGCUAAAGCUGUUGAACAAUACAUCAUAAGAUUGGCACAAUCUGGUCAAGUGAGAAGAAAGUUGGGCGAAGAUGAUAUAGUGGAGAUUUUAAACGGUAUUGCAAGAGACCAACAAAAGCAAAAUGAAACCAAGAUAGUGUUUUCAAGAAAACAAACUGCUAAUGAAAGUGAGGAUGAUGAUGAUUUUUUUGACUGA